AUGGCAGCACACAAAGGAUAUCUAAACAAGUUCACCACUAAAUACGAUCCAGAGGUGUUAAUAGAAGGAACAAGGACAAUUCAUAAGUAUCCUACUCAUCGAAUGGAAGUCACCUUAUCCUUCGGCGUCACUGAGGAGGUUAUACGUUUCCUCGAGUCUGUUGUUGAGACAUAUUAUAAAGGACCGGAAACUCGCGAUUCACUGGCAGAGAUAACCAAAAUAGCAGAGACAGUAGAAGGUACAUUAGGUGGAUAUUGGUCCAUUCUGUUCCUUGAUGAUCCCUACGGAUACGCAUUCACCAUCUACAGAAGAUCACCAAGUUAUGUUGUACUCGACGUAAAUGGUCAAGGAAUUUCAAUUGCGAAGGAACCUGUUUGA